AUGGCAUCCGAAACUAGGCCUCUAGGAAUCGAGGUUCCUCGUUCCUCAAUGGAGUCGCCUCCAGGAAUCGCUGCCUUGUUUGUCAUCAGCUUCGACAUUCGGACCGGAUAUGUGGUUUCGUGGAAGCGCACUGUACCAGAAGUGGACGUGGAAGGUGUCGUGGAAUACAAGUCGCUGCCUUCGGGUCUACACAACGUGACAGAAGACCUGGUCUACUUCGUUCACGAACAAUAUGCCGGUAUCAGCGCGUUCCUCAAUCACCCCGCUGCGGAAGCCGAGCGCAAUGCGCAAAUGUUCGCGAUCGGGGUCCUCGUCCCUCUGAGUACGGGCAGGCUUGGAAAGAGCUGGCGCCAUGCUCCCAAGCUAAGGGAAUUGACACAGAAAUACGCCGAGGACAUGUCGGACAUGGAACCCCUCACCAAGUAUUGGGACGCAUAUCGCAUAGGAGGAACCGAGUCCUCAGCGCCGGAUUCCCCAACCGACUCGCCAUUGAGUCUCCGAUUCCGACCCGGCGAUCGACCAGAUACGAACCGCACUCGUGCCUUCAGCGAUGCACUGGUUUUGGACACCUUCAGGCCGGCCCUGACCCCGUUCCACCCCGCAUCAUCGCUCCCCGAGUUCCUUGAGUCCCUCGGUCCCCUGGUCUUCCCCUUGUAUAGAGCAGCUCUGCUGCGCAAGCGCAUUUUAUUCAUGGGCGAGGCCCCCGUGCACACCCCCUGCAACUACGUAUAUGACCUCUCCCUCCUAGCAUCCCUACCCAACUCUCUCCGCCAUCUUCUCCCCGCAGACCGCACUCCCCCACUUCGCCCGCGCCCUCUCUUCAACGUCGGCAUCCACGAUAUCCCAUACCUCUCAUCCUUCGACCCCUCUCGGAGCAUCCAAGACCCAGAAUCAGAUCAGAAUUGGAUCGCCUGUUCCACAGACACAGUACUUACCAUGAAACCCGAUCUCUUUGACGUUCUCAUCACUCUCCCCCCAUCUCACACCAAACAAGCCGAAGAACGAACCUUCCCCAAAAUCUCCCUCAUCAACCAGAAAACCCCCCAACACCCUCUCACCCUCAAAGCAACGCAGCGCGACGCCCGCCGCUACGCAAUGCUCCGCCGCGGCCUGCACACCCCCACAGACACAGACACCGACUCAACCUACUCAUCCAGCCCCGUCGUCGAGCCCGUCUCAUGGACCCGUCUGGCCUACACAUCAUUCAUAUGGUGGGCAUCAGCAGGCGAGAACCGCGACGGUCUCACGGAGGAAGAAGAGGAAGACCAAAUAGAACAAGACUCACGCCUGCUGGCCAGUGUCGAGAACUUGUCUCCGGAGAAUGACCAGCCGCCCGAAGUGGCCAUGGUGGCAUACUUCCGGCGCAUGACGGCUCAGAUAUUCGGUACUUUGGCUGGAGUUGUUGCGCGCAAUGAUGAAGACGGGUGCAGCGAGCCGUAUGCUGAUGAUGACGAGUCAGUCUCUCAGUCUCGGUCUAUUGGCGAUGAGUCGCCUUUGUUGCGGCAGCGGUCUGGGACUGGCUCGCAGCGUGGCUCGUUGCGGGACAGUGAGUGUGAGGUGGUCACUAUCUCUGUUGCGGAUAUGACGGAGAUGGGGCUGGAUGUGUGGAGUGCGACUGAUAGGGUGUUUGUGGAGGAGUUGAUUGGACUUUGGUGGGGAAGAGAGGCGAAGGUUGACUGUGCGAGGAUUAGAUGCUGUGGGAUCUCAGUGCUGUAA